AUGAUCAAGAACAACGCCAUCGUCAUGAGCUCGGCUACACAGGGGGGACCCGUGGUCCCAAAGGAGGAGAAGAAGGGUUUCGGCAAGGUCUUGGCAAGAGUGAAGACGGUUCUGAGAACGAAGCGACUUUCGACCAGCGGCGCAAAGGCCGAUCCCGCUGCUACCGCCGAUAAGAAGGGCAAGGAAACCGCCAAGAGCACCACCAAGACCGCCCCUGCUGCUGCUGCGGCCAAGGCUGUUGACCCCAAUGCCCAAGAGGUCCCUCGCGCUCAGUUGUUCGAGGAGCGUGCCAAGAAGCUCGGUGAGCUCUAUGGCUUGGAGCUGAAGCCUAGCGAGUGGCACUCGACUGAGGGCCAUGCUCUCCGUGUUGAGAAGCCCAUCAAGAUGCGUGUCCACCGCAAGUGCCACCAAUGCGACACCUCGUUCGGAGCUUCCAAGGAAUGCUCCAAGUGCAAGCAUACGCGGUGCAAGCAGUGCCCUCGUAUCCCGUCCAAGAAGUCCGAGGCCGAGAGGGAGGAGAGCAGGAAGAAGCGCGCACAGAUAAUCAAGGACCGUGCCGAGAACGCCCCCAUCAUCCCCGACUGGAACCCGAAGUCCGAGAAGAACCUCGUCCUCAGACGUCCCGCCAAGACUGGAGCUCAAGAUUUGGUUCACAAGAAGCCUCGCCAACGCGUGCGCAGGACUUGCUGCGGCUGCAAGAGCCUCUUCACUUCUGGAAACAAGACUUGCCAGGGAUGCCAGCACGUCCGUUGCACGGAAUGCCCUCGGGAUCCAUCAAAGAAGGACAAGUACCCCUAUGGCUAUCCUGGAGACCAGCCCGGAAAACGCCAGGCUCACUUUGAAUGCAAGUCCUGCAAGAACAUCUUCGCCUCGGAGCCACAUGUCACCACCUGUCCCAAGUGCUUUAACAGAGACUGCGAACGACUUGCGCCGAAGCGGGUGGAACCUCAACCCGAUCCCGAAGCUUGGAAGAGCAUACAAGCAAAACUUGAGGCGAUGAAGCUCAAGUAA